GCUGCAUAUCUUUUUUUUUUUUCUAUCCAAUGGCCAGCAUAAUUUCUCACUUGGAUGUGCCCUCAAGCUACCGCGAUCAGCAGUAUCGAGGUACUUCAAAUCAAAUGGUUCAAGAUCUGUCAUCGAGUACAACGUUAUACGUCGGCAAUCUAUCGUUUUAUACGAGCGAAGAACAAAUUUAUGAACUUUUUUCGAAAGUUGGAGAGAUCAAAAGAAUCAUUAUGGGCCUCGACCGAAAUCAGAAAACGCCUUGUGGGUUUUGCUUUGUAGAAUAUUACCAUCGCGACGACGCGCUAGAUUGCAUGAAAUAUGUCAAUAGUACUAAAUUGGAUGAGCGAAUCAUUCGAACAGAUUUGGACCCAGGGUUCAGAGAAGGACGACAGUUUGGCCGAGGUAAAAGCGGCGGUCAAGUGCGUGAUGAAUAUCGACCGGAUUAUGAUGCUGGUCGUGGUGGCUGGGGACAUCUCCAGAGAAUCAAGAUAGAGCGAGAACGUGAAAUGGCUGUCAAGGCUAAUUACGAGGCUUCUGAUGUGCCAACCGGUGCUGAAGAAUACAAAAGUAGAGUUAACAAUGCAGGUAAAGCCAAGCGUGCUAGAGACGACGAAGACGAUGACGAUGAAGACGAACGACGACGUCAAAACCCACGUUUCCGUGAACACGAUGAUGAAGACGAGGAAUAGUACAAAAAUAAUAAUAAAGAGCCAAAAAAAAAGAAGAUAUAAUAACAGAUUAUUCGUGCGAUUUUGGAUAAUGUGCGUCGUUUGGGACACUAUUUGUAUACACUACAAUUAACAGGUCC